UGAAGUUCAGUCACGACCUGUCAGGUUCGCUGAGGAAGAGAACAGGAAAGGCUUUGUCAUGGCUGCACUGAGGGCCUGCCGGGUUGUGCGAAGCAUCGUUGCUUGUGGCUUGAGAGCACAAUCCAGUCAUGCUGCUGCAACAUCACCAAAAAGCAAAUCUGCUGCUGGUUAUAGCUUUGAACUUACUGAUGAACAGAAAGAAUUUCAAGCUACAGCUCGUAAAUUUGCUAGAGAAGAAAUCAUACCUGUUGCUUCUCACUAUGACAGAACUGGAGAGUAUCCUGUUCCUAUCAUUAAAAGGGCAUGGGAGCUUGGUUUGAUGAAUUCACACAUACCAGAAAGUUGUGGUGGUCUUAACCUUGGUACUUUUGAUACCUGCCUUAUUACUGAAGAAUUGGCUUAUGGAUGUACAGGAGUUCAGACAGCUAUUGAGGCAAAUUCCCUAGGUCAAAUGCCAGUCAUAAUUGCAGGAAAUGAGCAACAGCAGAAAAAAUAUUUAGGAAGAAUGACUGAAGAACCCUUAAUGUGUGCAUAUUGUGUAACAGAACCUGGUGCAGGCUCUGAUGUAGCAGGUAUAAAGACAAGAGCUGAAAGGAAAGGAGAUGAAUAUAUUAUUAAUGGACAAAAAAUGUGGAUCACCAAUGGUGGCAAGGCUAAUUGGUAUUUUUUAUUGGCACGUUCCAAUCCUGAUCCAAAAGCUCCUGCAAGUAAAGCUUUUACAGGAUUUAUUGUGGAAGCUGACAGCCCUGGAAUACACAUUGGAAGAAAGGAGCUUAACAUGGGCCAGCGCUGUUCAGAUACGAGAGGGAUUGUUUUUGAGGAUGUAAGAAUACCCAAAGAAAAUGUACUUAUGGGUGAAGGAGCUGGCUUUAAAAUUGCCAUGGGAGCAUUUGAUAAAACAAGGCCUCCAGUAGCAGCUGGUGCUGUUGGAUUAGCACAGAGAGCUUUGGAUGAAGCUACAAAAUAUGCUAUAGAAAGAAAAACCUUUGGGAAGGUCAUUGCAGAGCACCAAGCAGUGUCCUUCAUGUUGGCUGAAAUGGCACUGAAAGUGGAACUGUCUCGCCUGGCCUACCAGAGGGCAGCAUGGGAGAUAGAUGCUGGUCGUAGAAAUACCUAUUUUGCCUCUAUAGCAAAGGCAUAUGCUGGAGACAUUGCAAAUCAAGUAGCUUCUGAUGCUGUCCAAAUUUUUGGAGGAAAUGGAUUCAAUAGUGAAUAUCCAGUAGAAAAACUAAUGAGAGACGCAAAAAUAUACCAGAUUUAUGAAGGAACAGCUCAAAUUCAGAGAAUAAUUAUAGUUCGUGAACAUAUUGGCAGGUUUAAAGCUUGAGAAUGUACAUUAGCUUGAUUUACAAAUGUUGGGCUUUUUUUUUUACUGGUGCUUUACUUUUAAUAUUGAACAAAAAUGGCAUCAAUAGUAGUAUUGUCAAAACCUAAUACAUGAAAAAGCCAGCCGCUUAAUUUCUGGAACUAUUCAAGAUAUUUCAUAUUUUUGUUCAACUUUAUCAUGACAUGGUUGUCUCUGUUGUCUGAAAUCUCUGUAGUAUAUUUAAGUGCCUUGGAUUUCUGUAAUUGAACAGGUCCCUGACAUGAAGAAUUCAAUAUAAAAUUGAAGCCUGGGAGCCAUGUGUAAAUUAGAUGUUGUUAGGUUUGCAUUGCAACGAUUACUACAUAUUAUAUAUUGAUUACAAGAUUAAAAA